AUGGGGUGCGUCCCGUCGAAAUCUAAAGGGACUAGAACCGGCUCCAAUGCUGAGGAUGGAAAAAAGCAGUCUGACGACCGGACUCAGGCGCAGAAUUCCUCCGGCGCUGAGGGUAAAAGCGGCGAAAAGCCUCAGAAGGAUGCCAUGGCGAUGACUCCAGGGAUGUACAUCGUGCAGCAGAGGGGUCACUUGAGCGACCGGUUCCAGCGAGUGAAGAAGCUUGGCAGCGGAGCUUAUGGGGAGGUGUUGCUGUGCAAGGACAAACAAACGGGCGCUGAACGGGCCAUUAAAAUCAUCAAAAAAUCCUCCGUUUCCGCACCCAGCAGCGGCGCUCUUUUGGAGGAAGUUGCGGUGCUCAAGCAGCUCGAUCAUCCGAACAUCAUGAAGCUAUAUGAAUUCUUUGACGAUAAAAGGAACUAUUAUCUUGUAAUGGAAGUGUAUCGGGGGGGCGAGUUGUUCGACGAGAUCAUCUCGCGUCAAAAAUUUUCCGAGGUAGAUGCAGCAGUGAUCAUGAAGCAAGUCCUCAGUGGCGUCUUGUACCUGCACAACCACAGCAUCGUCCACCGCGAUCUGAAACCUGAGAACCUGUUACUCGAGAGCAGAGCUAAGGACGCUCUAAUCAAAAUUGUAGACUUCGGACUAUCGGCACACUACGAGGUUGGCGGGAAGAUGAGAGAAAGACUAGGAACCGCAUAUUACAUUGCUCCUGAGGUACUGAGAAAGAAAUACGACGAGAAGUGCGAUGUCUGGUCUUGUGGAGUCAUCCUCUACAUCCUCCUUUGCGGUUAUCCGCCAUUCGGCGGCCAGACUGACCAAGAGAUUCUAAAGAGGGUGGAACGAGGCAAGUUCUCGUUCGAGAUGCCAGAUUGGGGUCAUGUGUCUGAGGAGGCGAAGGAUCUUGUGCGGAAGAUGCUUACCUAUGACUCAAGUAAAAGGAUUUCGGCCGAAGAAUGCUUGAGUCAUCCUUGGAUUGUUAAAUUCUCGGCGCAAAAAGACACAGAUAUGUCCAAGCAUGCACUUACUGGGGCUCUUGGCAAUAUGAAGAAAUUCCAGUCUACGCAGAAGCUGGCGCAGGCAGCAAUGCUCUUUAUGGGCUCUAAACUGACGACUGUCGAGGAAACAAAGGAGCUAACUACAAUCUUCAGGGCCCUAGACAAAAACGGGGACGGGCAACUGGAUAGAAAAGAGCUGAUUGAGGGAUACAGAAAGCUGCUGGAGUGGAAGGGCGAGACGGGUGAAGUGGAUGAAGCGACGAUCGAAUCGGAGGUUGACCAAAUUCUGGCAACGGUUGACUUCGACAAGAACGGUUAUAUUGAGUAUUCUGAGUUUGUAACGGUCUGCAUGGACAAACAGCUGCUGCUUUCGCGCGAACGGCUUCUCCAGGCCUUCCAGCAAUUUGACAGCGAUGGCUCUGGAAAGAUUACGAAUGACGAGCUAGCCAAGCUGUUUGGCAUCACGGCGAUAGACGAUAAGGCUUGGCACGAGGUCCUCGUUGAAUGUGACAAAAACAACGAUGGAGAGGUUGACUUUGACGAGUUCGUCGAAAUGAUGCAGAAAAUAUGCGACGUUAAAGUGCGCAACUAG